AUGACAUAUUCUACCCAUAUUUUUGGAAGAGAGAGAAUUCUCAGUGUUCUAAUUGUGAUCUGCCUGUGUAAAUUGUAUUCCACUCAUGAUUCAAAAGAUUAUAACAAACCAGUAUAUUACUCCAAAAAAUAUUAUACCGAAAAACCAAAAUUCCCCAAGAUUGACAUUAAGCUGUACAAAGAUCUCGUUAGCGCUAAAAACAAAGUAAUCGAUGUAGUGGCUCUGGUGGAAUUGGAAUACCGUUCAGCCACAGAUUUGGAAUGCGCGCUAAAAAUCUCUUUCGGUUCCUUAUAUCAGCUUAUCCAAAACAACCCUCUAGGUCAUGAUGGGGCUAGAGUAGGAAUCGUGACAUAUAACAAAAAUGCCAACGUUCAUUUAUCACUGGAAACAGCAACAUCUCCGUCGGGCGCAUUCGCUACUCCUAACGCUAUUUUCAAUGAUAGAACAAAUUAUUUGAAUGUUGACAAGGCCCUGUCACUCGCAUAUUCAAUGUUAAAAAAUUUAAGUAGGCCAGACUCCAUUAGACAAAUAUGGGUUUAUAUAUCAGAGACAUCUGUGGGAUAUCCGAAGGCAACUGCCAAAUCAAUUAAAUAUGAUGGUAUCGAAAUAGAAGUCUUUGCUGUAGGUCCGAGAGUGAGUUACGAUCAAAUAAAUGCUAUUGCAUCUUCUCCCAAGCAUAUUAUAUUUUCUCCAGAUUAUUGCUCCUCCAAAGAUUCUCUUGUUGAUUUGGUCAAUGAGAGACUUUUUGUUUGCAUUUAA